CCAAAGCCCUCAGCUGUACCAGCUGAAAAGAGGUGCUCUUCAGAAAAUGACAUGACGAACGCUUUCAGUGAAAGUUUGGGGUCCACCUGCAGUGGUAACGAAAGCCAAACGGGUCUGCCGAAGCCACCGGCUGUCUUACCUAAAUCGGAAAAGGCGGUUCUUAAAGCGAUCAAGCUGGCAAAUAGAAGGAUGAAGAAAGAGGAGGCCCAGAAGUCAUCUCACAGGUCAUCUCAGAGCAGCAGCAAACACAGAGCAGAAAGACACAAUGCUGAAAAGUCAGAGCACAGAAGCACCUCUGGUAAUAAAAAUGGCAGGAGCAGUGAGAAAAAGCACAGAGGGAAAACUGAGGAUGACCACAUUGGAAGCCCCCAUAGUAAAAACAGCAGCAGUCAGAGUGAGCAGCUCCUGAACACGAAUGAAAACCGCCACCACAACAAAACAGAGAUCAAGCCUGAGACUCAGAGUCAGGACCACGAAUCACCGGAAAGCAAUAACCAGAGAAGAGAAGCCCUACCCUGCAUCGCAUCAGAAAGACAAGGCCGCAGCAGCAGCAGACGCAUUCGAGAUAAGACAGAGCAAAGACAUUACAGCAGUGAUAGGGUCAUCAGCAACGUGCCUGUGUAUAAAGCUCAUGUUAGUGAAAAACAAGUGCUGGACAGGCCUUUGCACCGAACACAAAGCAUCGACCGGUAUUUAGGCGAUAAAGCAGAGCACGGGCUCGGUGCUGAUACGCCGGUCAACGAGAAGCUCGAUCCCAGAACUCAGCGCAUUGAGAAAUCCAUCAUGGACGAGUUUCAGCAGAGAGGCCGAGCCAGAGACAAGGCCGUCAGAGACAACCCGCUGAGACGGAGUCACAGUAUUGAUGCGUAUGCCGCUGAAGUACCUCAGCCUUCAUCCCUGUCCCGCCAGUCGAGCCACACCAGCCAGCUUUCUCGACAAUCUAGCAUUGAGCAUUCUAUUGUUACGCAGUCCUUCCCUAUGACCCAACGUAAGCUCCUCCAGGAUCCGGACUCAGGGCAGUACUUUUUUGUAGACAUGCCUGUACAAGUCAAGACGAAAACCUUCUUUGAUCCUGAAAUGGGAAGCUAUGUGCAGCUGCCAGUUCAGCCACCAGAUGGUGCAGUUCCUAAGGCAUCUCCUAUGGAGGUCUUGAGUCCUCCUUUGGUUGUUUACCAUGGCUUUGUCCCAGUGUGUCUGUCGCCUAUGGCUCCGAGAGCCACUGUUCAGGCGCCUCGCGUGGAACCAGAGGACUUUGAGCAGAGGAACAUAGAAAGGUCAAAGCAAAUAUACUGUAGAGAUGCACAUCCAUAUUUGGAGCCUAUCUACAGUCAGAAUGAACACAUGUUAGGGGAGUUCAUAGGCACUGAGGAACUGGACUGUCCUAGUUAAUAUAAACCGAAGGGUUGAAAGGAAUGCUGUUUUGUAUCACUGAAUUGUGGUGUUUGUUGCAUUCCAGGGUUGUUGUUGUUUUUUUUACACUUUUGUCAUGAUAAAACAACUUUGCCUUCUUAUAUUUAAGUUAGUGGUUUCCUGCGUUUCCCAGAAGGGCUGUAAACAAGCAACAACACUUCAAUGAUGGAUUCCUCCCUCUUUGGUUGUUGAACAUUGGUACAAAACAGCAAUUCCAGAAAGAAGUCCCUGAUCUUGUAAAUACCUUCUGUUAUUUUGCCGCGUUUGGCCUUUUACAAGCAUAAUGAGAAAAAAAAACUGCACCAAAAAUGUUCCCAGAAAUGGAAAUUUCAUUGCCAAGACCUAUUUCAGGGCUGACUUUUUCCCCCUUGAAUGUUAAGUGUUUUCUCAGUUCAGAUCUUCGAUUGUGGUUUUGCCUUUCUUGCCCUAAAAUUUCAGGAGACACGAGAGGCGCUCUGGUUUUUUAAAGUUACUGAUGCCACUGAUGGCUUUGUGAAAAGAGGACAACUUUUAGAUGUUGAAUUUGGGGAUGAAUGAUUUUGAGUGUGCUUGUUUAAAUGUGGUUGGGAGGGUUUGUGUACGAUAAGGUGCAAUUUUAGUAGAAAAAGGACAUGGACGAUCCAUGUACAUAAUGUAUUUAAGUGUAAACAGAGAGCUACACUGUAAAUUAUUUAUUGUAAAUGCUGCAGGUUUGUUAUAUAUUACAGUUGUGUUGGGUCUCUGCAGCUGUCCAGAGAUUGUAGCAUUUGUUUUAUUACCUGAGAGGUUUGUCGUCUGGAGAGUUCCUUUUUCAUCAGACAUAUGCAGUCAUUUAUCAUUAGAUAUACUUGAACCAAAUUUCAUUGAUUUUAACUAAUU